AAAAAUGAACUAUGUAAGUACGUAAGAAAGUUCAGUUUAGAAAAGAACAGGAAUCUGUUAUCUCGUCUGCACUUUGGGCUACACGUGACCAAGCGCGCGAUAUGUCAUGGCAUGAUAUCAAAUGACAUGUUUUGCGGACGUUGAACGAAACACGAGGCUUUACCGUUUUUCUGUCCGCCUGCACGUAUACGGUAAAUGAUGCAAAUGACUAGGUUGGAGAUCAACGUUAAGCGUCUCUUAACACGCUGCGAAUUAAUAGCGAAGGAUGAUCCGCAUAAAGACUGGAAGCUCGAGAAGUAUAUACUUUCUCUGGAUGAUAUGAUGGACAAGCUGCAGACUUUACCAAAUAAACCAUCUAAGGAUACCAUGAUGGGUUACAGUAAGCGGAUAGAUUUCCUGAAGGGAGUAAUAAACGCAAUGAAAUUGUCAAACCCAGUGGAGAGAGUGGUUGCCGCGCAAUUACUGUCGAAAAAUUCAGCGUCCACUAACAAUUCUGUCAGUACAAAUAUUACAACGCAGAUACAUCAGAAGACCGUUGCUAAGUACAAUCGGGAAUUACGGGCGGAAUUAUUCCAUAACAACAAAGGUGACUUGCUUACUUUAAUGCAUCAAAUAGGUUUAUUAUGUAGGAUUCUCGAUACUAAACACAAAUAAAAGAAAGAGGGCCUA